CUAGAGGAGGUUUCAUGAGUCUGUGUGAGUCAAAACGACGUCGUUAGUUUCUGCAAAACCUCUCCUUGUUCCCGGAUCCCACCCCUCCCUGUCUGACGAAAUUUAGGGGAAAGGGGGAAAGGGUUGUAGAAUUGCUGCCUCUGUCGACAAGUUGGUGGAGGUUUCUACGAGAAGAAUGAAGAUAUAUAUAGUUAUUCACAACCUCUUCUUGAUUUUGGGAGUGUUAUUUAUAUCUCAGAUAGGUAGAUCAGCAUCAAAAUCUCUGCUUUCCACAAACCCAUUUCUGGGAAUUGCUCCUCAAGAUGAGAACUACUACAAGACUUCAUCAGAGAUAUUCAAAUGCAAAGAUGGAUCAAAGAAAUUGAACAGAGCACAGGUCAAUGACGACUUCUGCGAUUGCCCUGAUGCCUCCGAUGAGCCUGGAACUUCGGCAUGCCCGGGUGGAAAAUUCUAUUGUCGGAAUGCAGGACAUGUUCCUCUGUUGUUAUUUUCCUCUAGAGUGAACGAUGGUAUCUGCGAUUGCUGCGAUGGGAGUGAUGAGUAUGAUGGUAAAGUAAAAUGUCCAAACACAUGUUGGGAGGCUGGAAAAGUGGCCAGAGAUAAGUUAAAGAAAAAGAUUGUAACAUAUAAAGAAGGAGUCACUCUACGGAAGCAACAGAUUGAGCAAGCAAAACUGGCAAUAGCUAAAGAGGAGGAAGAAUUAUCAAAGCUAAAAAGUGAAGAGAAAAUAUUGAAAGGGCUUGUUCAGCAGCUCAAGGACCGUAAAGAACAGAUAGAGAAGGCAGAGGAGAAAGAGCGCCUACAGAAAGAAGAAGAAGAGAAGAAGCGGAGAGAGGCUGAGGAGGAAGCUAAUAAGGAGAAAAGCAAAGCUGAGAAGGAAGCUAAUCAGGAGAAAAAUGAAGUUAAGGAGCAAGUUGGCAGUGAAGAAGAACCUAUGGAAAGUACCCAUGAUGAUAAAAUUGGAGUUUUGGAUCAGGAUGUAGAAGAGGACAAAAGCAACUCAGUAGCUGAAGUUGAGCAUACUGAUAAAUCUGAAAAUGCAUCUCCAACUGAUGGAAUUGAGCAGCAUGCAGCAGAAGGCAAGGAAGAGUCCCCAGUCGUACAUGAAACUGACCUUCAUGCUGGAAAUGAGGUGUCUCCAACUUCCGAUCAAGCUACAAAACAGGAGAAUGAUGUAGCUGAAAAUACUGAGGGAUUGUCAAGGGAAGAGUUGGGCCGCCUUGUUGCUUCUCGUUGGACAGGGGAAAAUACUGGGCAGCACACUGAGGAAGUUGAUGCUGUGAAACAUGAUCAUCAUGAAAGCCACGAAGAGACACCAGAGGACACACAUGCUGAGGAAUAUGACGGCUAUGCAUCAGAAACCGAUGAUGACAGCCAAAGAUAUGACAAUGAUGAUAUGGAAGAUCCAGUUGAUGAAGAUUUUGGAGAGGAUGAUCACUAUGAUUCAAGCCCUCCAUACAAAUCUGACACAGAAGAUGAAUCAGAUUUUUCAGAUAUAACAAGCACAAGUAACCCAUCGUGGUUGGAGAAGAUACAACAAACAGUGCGGAACAUUCUAAAUGCUGUUAACUUGUUCCAGACCCCAGUAGAUAAAUCAGAGGCUGCUCACAUACGCAAGGAAUAUGACGAGUCCAGUGCCAAGUUGUCUAAGAUGCAGUCUAGAAUAUCAAGUUUGACACAAAAGCUAAAGCAUGAUUUUGGGCCUGAGAAGGAAUUCUAUUCAUUCUAUGAUCAAUGUUUUGAGAGCAAGGAGAACAAGUAUGUAUACAAAUUAUGCCCAUUUAAACAAGCUUCCCAGGAGGAGGGCCAUAGUACUACUCGUUUGGGGCGCUGGGAUAAAUUUGAAGAUUCAUACAGAACUAUGCUGUUUUCAAAUGGCGAAAAAUGCUGGAAUGGACCUGAUAGGAGUUUGAAGGUCAAGCUAAGAUGUGGGUUGAAAAAUGAGGUUACUGAUGUUGAUGAACCAAGCAGAUGCGAAUAUGUGGCAUUGUUAUCCACCCCAGCUCUUUGCCUAGAAGAAAAGCUGAAGGUUAGUUCUUUCUACCAAAUGUUCAAUUUGCUGUUUCUAUCUUCUGCACUGGAUAGCCCAAUGGUGAAAUGUUGCAGGAACUACAACAGAAACUAGAGUUGAUGAACCAGGAACAACCUCAGGGCCGUGAUGAACUCUAAUCUGUCUGGGAUGGAAUGGAUUUACCCCAGACUUUUGCUGACUGCUUAAAUUGAUUCAUCAUUGCCCAUCUUGAAAGAUAAAAGAGACACAUAUUGGCAGCCCUUCUGAGCAAGGUUGGCUGAAGAAAUUUGAAGCAAAAGAUUUGAAGUGGAUCCUGGAAUUUUAAUGUUACUGGAGCUCGCUUGAUAUUGAGGCUUUGGAGUAGUGGUGAGAGUCAAGCUCAGCUAACCUGAUCUUGAUGUUCUUCACACUGUUCUAAUCUUUUCGAAUUGAGUUUAGAAUAAUGACAUAGUAAUCAAACAAUUAAAGGGCAGAAAUGUUUAUUGGGACUCUUUAUCAAAUAUUCAACAUCAUGAUGAAAUUUUCACUUCAUCCUCGGUACUUCACCAAGGGUCUAUUUGGAUUUGGAUAGACAAUUGUGAACCCAAGGUUCUUUUAAUGAAAACUGCGAUAAUGGUUUGUUUGGUAA